AUGAAUACUAGUGAAUUGAAUCCCAGCACAAACCGACGUCAGCAAGCUGCCGGCGGAGGCGCCGGUCUUCAUACACUCGAAGCUGUGGCCGCAUCUGAUGACGCCUUCCCACCCUUGAAGUUGGCUGUUGUCAAAGCAUUGGAUAUCAUCGAGAUCAUCAAGAAAUUCAACUCUAACAGGAGAGCCUGGGCCGCUUGUUCAGAUAAUCUUACUGGGAAAUUUGAGGAGAUCAUUCAGUAUAACUGUCAAUUUCACAAGGAUCAUGUUCCGUCUGCUUUGCAAUCUUGGCUUGAGGAUUUGAAAGGAGCUUUGGACCAUCUAAAAGAAAGUGUUUCAGAUAUUCACAAGCAGAGUUUAAGGAGUUUUCCCAGCUUCUCACAAGAUACAGAGCAUAUUGAGAAAUUUGAGGGAAAGGUGAAUGAAAUCAUGAGCUCUUUCCAUGUCCUUUGGUAUGAGAAGAAUCUCCAAACUGACAGUCCAGAGACUGCUGAACAGCUGAGGACCACAGAGGCCAGUCAAGAUACAGCUCAAGUAACUGUCUUUGCUGGGGCACAAGAUAUUCAGAUGGAUCAUAGUGUAAUUAUUGCUGGACAAGUUGUCCACUACAACAAUACUGAGGAACUCCAAGAGAAAAUCAAUGCCAUGAUAGAGGAGUCAAAGGAAAGUCAUGUUAGCCUAGUUACCUUCAUAACUUAUACCAACCAAUUCCUCAGGCAGAUAAAUGGUUGCAAGAGCUCAAGGCUCCAUUACAUAGCAAACCAUUAG